GCAAUGAUAAGAUGUUGAUCAAUAAUAAGUGAUAACAGUAAUGAUAAUUAAUAAUAAAUAAAUACAUUUUGCCAAAUACGAUUUUUAAUGAUAAUUUGCCGAUCACCGAUGUUAAAAAAUGUUUUAGACAACGUUAACGUCGAGAAACAAGCAUGUCGUUAAACUUAAACCUUGCAAACCAAACAAAAAGACUUCAAUUUAAGGCAACCGAGCUUUUCAUCUACAUUCUGUAAAAUAUAGAAAACCGUGCAUUUAAUUAGUAGACAUUAAAGUAUUGUAAUUACCUUUUUUUAAAAUAAACAAUUGCUCAUACUUAUUUUGUAAAAAAUAUGGUUGUGAGCAGCACAACCAUAUUUUAGAAACUAAACGAAAACACUCAAAUACACAUUAAAGAUAACAUAUUAAGGAAUCUUUUAAAAACAAAACUACAAAGAUGUAUAGUUUUGGUUAUAGUAAAUUAAUAUUGUUAUUGACUAUGGUUGACUUGGUGCGGAUGAACUCCGAUGCAUCAGACAGAACUGAUUCUUUUGUUGAAACAUUGCCGAGAUAUGUUUUAUACGAUGUCAAUCCAUCGGAAGGAUUUAAUUUGCGUCGUGAUGUGUUCCUGCGUAUGGCAGAAUUUAUACGACAUUUGAAUAAAGUUUCAAAUUAUAAUUGGAUUUUGGUACUUAUUCUAAAAUCUUGUUAGUUGUUGUAAUGCCACCUUGGCAUCAAUUGUACCAUUGGAGAACAUUAGACAUCGACCAAGAAUAUCUUCCUUGGAGUUUGUUUUUUGACAUUGAUUCUAUAAAAACUACUACUCCAGUUUUGGAGUUGCAUGAAUUUUUGGAAGUUAAUGGAUUGCGGCCAUUAGACGUUCAAGUUACAUUGCAAAACUAUCCUGGAUUGUCAGAUCCAAAUCAUGACUGGUCAGAUAAUUGGGACGUUGCAAACUGUAUAGAACCUAUUAAAAAAAAGUUUUGGAGUUCAGAAAAUUUAACAGCAAUCACCUCUAUUUGCGUAUCAUUUCAAGGACCUUCGACACUUUUAGUCAAAAUUAUUAAUGAUUUUCAACCUCGAACAAUAAUGUUCAACCAUGCUGAAGUGACGUUACACGAAUAUUACGGAGGUCAAGAGUAUUGGUUAAUUAGAAAAAGUAUGCAGUUUUCCAAAAAUCUUAUAAAUAUUGCUAAACAAUUUAAGGAAAACCAUUUGAAGGACAAUUACUUGUGUGCACAUUUGCGCCGAAGAGAUUUUUUGUUCGGACGUCCAAAGGAAGUGCCUACUAUUGAGUGGGCCGCAAAACAAAUUUUCGAUAUACUCCGUUCUCUUAAAGAAAUUCAAGUUAUUUUUGUAUCUACUGAUGCACCAGAUUCAGAAGUUCGUCAGCUUAAAAAGUCGUUAGAAGGUUAUCGAGUGCUUAAAUUUGAAGCCAAUAAGGAAAUUUUGAGAUUGUUCAAGGAUGGCGGAGUAGCAAUUAUCGAUCAAAUAAUUUGUUCUCGAGCUAAAUUUUUUGUUGGCACACAUGAGUCUACAUUUUCAUUUAGAAUACAAGAAGAACGAGAAAUUCUGGGUUAUGCUCCAGAAACGACAUUUAAUCGUUUAUGCGGCAAUGGAAAAAAUAUUUGUUCACAACCAUCAAAAUGGAGAUUAGUCAACUAGCAAUAUUUUAAUGGCCAAUUCCUUGUUGAACUUUGAUAAAAACGUACCGGCUGUAAAGAAUUCAGUUUCGAGCAACUCUGCAGCAGUCUUGCGAUUAUUUGGUUCCAGUUGCAAACAGUAUGUUACUAUUUCCAAAACGCUCAACGGCCAUUUGGGAUAUUUCUCACGGAGUGGCAUAGCGGUUAUGGCCAAUCCAUAAGAUUUACUAGGUUGUGGCAACACGUUUAUUUUAUAGCCUUUCUUGUUCAAAUAUGAAUGGAUGGUUUCGUUGCAGUGCAAUAUUUUAACAAUAUUGUACAAUUGAGCUAUACACGUGUCUUCCAUUACCAACGGUAGACUUUCAAGUAGUUCCGUCAUCAAAAUACCUAAAUAUUAUUGUUGUUACGUGUACGGAAUGGUUGAUCAGUCUUGGAUCUUACCUACCGACCAAAUAUCUAUCAUCGAGUUGUAUUUCUUCAAUCCCAUCAAAACUUCUGGUGCUUGAUACCAGAUAGUUCCGACUUUAGUACUGAGAUCUAAUAAAUCAUUUGAUGUAUAUACACGAGAUAUGCCAAAAUCACAUAUUUUUAUAACGCCGGAUUGAGAAAAUAAUAUGUUUUCUGGUUUAACAUCUCUGUGCAAUAUGUUCCGCGAGUGUAUGUAUUGCAACCCCUUUAACACCUAAUGGAAGUAUAAUUUUUUGACAUGAAAAUUAGUAAAAAUUAAAAACAAUUUUCAAAGGA